AUGGAUGAGGCUGGAGCUGGGAAAGAAGGAUUGCCAGCAGGUAAAUAUGAAGGACAGACUCCAGCAACUAAUAAUAUUCCCAACAUGAAUUGUGUGAUGACAAGUGAAGAUCAAACAGAUGAUGUAGACUUUGCUGGYGGUGCACAAACAUUUUAUAGCAGAAUUCCAACAAAGUUUCGAGACCCAAGUGGAGCUCCAUUGCGGAAAUUAAGUGUGGACUUGAUUAAGACAUAUAAACAGAUAAACGAGGUGUACUAUGCCAAGAAAAGGAAAAUAAAACCAAAUGAUCCAGUCAAUGACAGUGGAUCAAAGAAAGAGAAACGGGUAUAUAAUGAUGGUUAUGAUGACGAAAAUUACGAUUAUAUUGUGAAAGUUGGUGAAAAGUGGUUUGAUCGAUAUGAAAUUGAGUCAUUGAUUGGAAAGGGCUCCUUUGGACAGGUAAGAAUGUUACUCUCAGCACCAUCUUAG